AUGAUGAUGAACAUCUCAAUAAUUCAGUGGGUUCUGAACCUGAAACAUGAAAUAGUAGAGGACUACAAAUACAACACGCCCGGCAAAGCGCCCGGCAAAGCGCCCGGCAAAGCGCCCGGCAAAGCGCCCGGCAAAGCGCCCGGCAAAGCGCCCGGCAAAGCGCCCGGCAAAGCGCCCGGCAAAGCGCCCGGCAAAGCGCCCGGCAAAGCGCCCGGCAAAGCGCCCGGCAAAGCGCCCGGCAAAGCGCCCGGCAAAGCGCCCGGCAAAGCGCCCGGCAAAGCGCCCGGCAAAGCGCCCGGCAAAGCGCCCGGCAAAGCGCCCGGCAAAGCACCCGGCAAAGGGCCCGGCAAAGCGCCCGGCAAAGCGCCCGGCAAAGCGCCCGGCAAAGCGCCCGGCAAAGCGCCCGGCAAAGCGCCCGGCAAAGCACCAGUCAGCCUGGCCAAUCAAGUACGAUUGGGAGACAUGGCGGUCAGCCAGGCCCAACAGUUGCUGUCAGGAAGCAGAAUAGUCAGCCAGGCCCAACAGUUGCUGUCAGGAAGCAGAAUAGUCAGCCAGGCCCAACAGGUGCACUCAUGA